GACUGCCUCAGCGUCCCCGAGCUCGGCUCUGAUUGCACCUACGGACUGACUGUGGGGGCAGAGAAGGGCGAGAUCAGGACUCUGUGUCUUUGUGAAUCGUGACUGCAUGAAGGUCGCCUCCCUCGGACCUACUUGGUGGGAGUGUCUGGUAUUGUUCUAAGGCCAGGAGCACGGUGAGCCACAGUCUGUUGAUAGAAUUGGCGUCUUGAUAGUUGAGAAAAUGGCGAUGACACUGUUGGAAGACUGGUGCCGGGGGAUGGAUGUGAACUCCCAGAGAGCUCUGUUGGUCUGGGGCAUCCCAGUGAACUGUGAUGAGGCUGAAAUCGAAGAGACCCUCCAGGCUGCGAUGCCCCAGGUUUCCUACCGAAUGCUUGGGAGAAUGUUCUGGAGGGAAGAAAAUGCGAAAGCAGCCUUAUUAGAGCUCACUGGCGCUGUAGAUUACGCCGCGAUCCCCAGGGAGAUGCCGGGCAAAGGAGGGGUCUGGAAAGUGUUCUUUAAGCCCCCAACUUCUGAUGCUGAAUUUUUAGAAAGAUUGCACCUCUUCCUAGCUAGAGAGGGGUGGACCGUGCAAGAUGUUGCCCGUGUCCUUGGGUUUCAGAACCCUACUCCGACCCCGGGCCCAGAGAUGCCAGCAGAGAUGCUAAACUAUAUUUUGGAUAAUGUUAUUCAGCCUCUUGUUGAGUCCAUAUGGUAUAAGAGGCUGACACUUUUCUCGGGGAGGGACAUCCCAGGGCCUGGAGAGGAAACCUUUGAUCCCUGGCUGGAGCACACUAAUGAGGUCCUAGAGGAGUGGCAGGUGUCCGAUGUAGAAAAGAGGCGGCGGUUGAUGGAGAGUCUUAGAGGCCCCGCCGCUGAUGUCAUUCGCAUCCUCAAGUCCAACAACCCCGCGAUAACCACUGCCGAAUGCCUGAAGGCGCUUGAGCAGGUGUUUGGGAGCGUUGAGAGUUCUAGGGAUGCCCAGAUCAAAUUUCUGAAUACUUAUCAGAACCCAGGAGAAAAAUUGUCUGCUUAUGUCAUUCGUCUGGAGCCUCUGCUACAGAAAGUGGUAGAGAAGGGGGCCAUUGAUAAAGAUAAUGUGAACCAGGCCCGCCUAGAGCAGGUCAUUGCCGGGGCCAACCACAGCGGGGCCAUCCGAAGGCAGCUGUGGCUUACCGGGGCUGGGGAAGGGCCGGCCCCAAACCUCUUUCAGUUGCUGGUGCAGAUCCGUGAGGAGGAAGCCAAGGAGGAGGAGGAGGAGGCUGAGGCCACCCUUCUGCAGUUAGGCCUGGAAGGGCACUUCUGAGUGCCAGGAAAGGCAGCUUUAGUGCAGACCUAGAUCACAGCUACUUUUCUUGUCCCUGUGGGGUCUUACCGAUGUAUCUCUGAGUAGUAAAGGCUUAGCCCUGUUCCGUUUUGUUGUUUUUUGGAGGGGAAGGUUAGUCAGGCCUGAGUAUUCAUGUAACAUUCUAAAAUUGUGCAAGCGAGCACCGUGAGCUGCUACAAUGCAAGCGGGUCUUGUUGGCUAAAAUGCCAGGUAAAGGGUUGGUUGGACACAGGGCUUAGUGCACGCUGUCAUCAUGGACAUCAUAAUCAGUUGUGAAAAACACGCGAACCUAUGACACUUCCUAUUCCACACUGAAUGUGAAAUUGCAUGUUCAGAUGUUUACUACGAGGCCUAGCUCACAGGAAGUGUUCAGUAAAAGUACGAACUGUUAGAUUACUGAUAUCGCGGAUAGAUUUUUGUUUACGAUAAAUUGUUCCAGAUUUAUAUUAAUGGAAGGAAAUGUGCAUUUAUUAGCUAUUAACUUUACAAUGCAAACAUCUUAUUUCUCAUCUUUAAACAUGUCGACCAGUUUAAUUGAAAAGUAUUCUGAGACUGCAAAACGGGGUGUUAAAAAAUACUGCAGUUACGGAGCUGUGUAAACCAGUUUCUCAUUGCGUAAGAUACAGAUGUAAAUUGCAUGGAGAGGUUGAUAUGCACCUGUACAGUAAUUCACUCCCCCAUUUCACAUCUUUGUCAGAGAAUAGUUCUUGUUCAUACUGAGUGUUCUAAACUUGAAGUUACAUAUACAAAUUAAAAUAUUUUAAAAAUUC